GCAGACCGCCUCCCAGGUGGUGUCGCUGCUCAUGCAGCACAUGCAGGUGGAGCUCCAGGGCCGCUGCUGGGCGGGUCUGGCGGCCGCCCUGCAGGGACCCGCACCACAGGACCUGCUGCAGAUGCGGGCGGCACAUCAGAGGUACCUGGCAACAGCUCGGGAGGUCUGCCUGCUGCCGCCCGCACCCGCAACCGGCCCUACGCCCGCCCCCUCGGCCCUGGCGGCUCCCCCCCAGCCGCCCCUCAGCGGCCCCCUCAUGGCGGCGCUGCAGGGAGCGCACGCCAUGGCCACAGUGCUCCGCCGCGCGCUGGAGGCGCUGGAGACGCAGGCGGGCCGACCCGCGGGUCUGUCCGCCGCACCUCGCCAGCCCACCGUGGCACCC